AUGACAGAUGAUAAUAUUGAAACUUUCCUUGAAAAAUAUCAACACAAAUUUAAAGAUCCAAGCAGUAUGUACUAUCAGGAAUUCAAUAUAGAUGCGUUCACUUCAUAUAAGCCAGACUAUAUACCUUUAUUUCUUCAAACCAAUAAAAAUCCUGCGAAACUUCAAAAAAUAGAAGUACAACAACCUCCAACAUCUAUGCCUAAUAAAGAUUAUCCUGUAAGAGGAAGACGAAAGCUAUUAAAUGAACGAGAAGAAAUAAUAUCAGUAGAUAUUCCGACAAUUGAAAUUAAAAAUCCAAUGGAUCUGAUAAAUUCACCUAUUAAACAACAAGAAAACGAUUAUAUUACACCAUCGACACCAGUCAAAUCAUCAAAAUUUCAAAUCGCUCCACCUCCUAUGCCUCCUCCUCCAAUGAAAGGACAACAUAACAUAAAAAGAAAGUCAUCGCUAUCUGAUAAUAGUAAUCAUGAAGAUUUUAAUGCAUCUCCACCUCAAUUUAUUAUUUCAGAACCAUCAAAGCCACUUCCAAAUCAAAUCUCACCAUCACAAUUACAAAUUAAGAUUACUGAGCCCCAAAAUACUCCAGAAAAAGUUAUUCAACCAUCAGCACCUCCAAUUCGCAUCACAGAACCAUCAGCUCCUCCGCCAAGGAUCAUAGAACCUAAAAAUAAUACUAAUUUUGUUGAAUCUCCGAAGUCUAAAAACGAUUCUGAUCAAAAUUCAACACCAACGAAACCAUGGUCACCAGAAAGAGAUACUAUUACACCUUUAAACAACACAGGUUCCAAAAAUGCAAAUAUCUCGGUAGAAAUCAAAGAUCUCGAAGAUGAUGAAGCUGAUUUUGCUUCGAACAUCGAUGAAAACAAUAAAAAAUAUAUUGUCGAUUCUACAAAUAUUCAUUCUCCAGUUCCAAAAGGGUCUACAGCAUAUUUUACAAUAUCAUUAACAGAAGAAUCCAAAAAAGGACCAAAAUACUCAUACAUUGACGAAACCACAGAUCAAUUCAUCAUGAAUGCCAUCAUUGAGACAUCAAUUUCUGGUAUUUCGAUAAAAUAUUAUUUGAAUAAUGAUAGUUCACAACAAACUAUUGCAAAAACCGAAUCGAACUUCUCUAGACUUUCGUUUUAUACAGUAUCCGAGAACAAAGAAAUUACAGCUAUUGAAUUUAAAUCGAUUAUUAAACAAAACUCUCCAUAUAGGCUAUUCAAUGCUUUUGUACCAGUCCAUGAUUUAGACUAUGACUCAAAUCAUGGAUCAACAUUGACAAAACCCGAUUCUCGUGCAAAACAGUUUAUUCCACAACCUCCUACCAUGAAAGAUGGUAUUCCUUACUUAAAUUUCGGUAAACGUGUUAAGACACAAUCAGUUAAGAACUUUAUUAUGAUGGAAAAAGAUAGUCCACACAGCCAAGUUUUAUUUUUUGGUAAAAUUCAUAAGACUUCAUUUGCAGGGGAAAUAAGAUACCCGAUCAGUCCUCUGGCUGCAUUUUCAUUAUGCUUACCACACUUAUAG